AUGUUAAUGAAUAUUUCUGAUAAGUAUUUCACCAAAAGUAAUGUUACGAUAUUUGGUGGUAAUAUUUCAAUAAAAUCGUUUGAUGAUUGGUAUAAGUCAGUAUCAGAUAAUCCAGUCCUUGUGAAAUAUGGUAUUUCUACUAUUUUUGAUUUGUUAACGAGUGGCCAUUUCUCUGGUGAUUCAUAUAUUUUUCAAAAAGCUGCACUGAUCAAAUUAGCCGUUAAUCGAUAUUUAUCAAAUCCAGUAUAUUGCUAUAAUCAAUGUACGGAUACUAUACAUGGAACAUGUAUCGAUAGUGGUUAUUUCCAAUUUGGCAUCUGCCAAUGCAAGUCGACGUGGACAGGAAUCGACUGUGCUACUCCUAUUCAACAUUAUAUCGAUACACUUCACAAUAGUGUAUCAGCAAUUUGGAAUACUAAAGUAGGAAGAAAUAGUUAUCUAGCGUCAAUAGGUUAUGGAAAAGGGAAAAUGGCAUCAAAAGAAACAGUUUCGAAUAUUUUUGAUCACACUAUUCAUACUGAAUAUAGAAGUUUUGGAUCAGGAUCAACUAAUACCAGGAGUCUAAAAACUGGUCUAAAUACAGGCUUUUAUAUUACACUUAAUGCUGGCAUUUGUAUUGUGAAUCGAUUCCAGUUUACAACUACAACUAGUCAUCCAAAACGAGAUCCAAUAAUGGUUACACUUGAAGGAAGUAAUGCUGACAAAUCUUUGUUAACACUUGGUAGCAGUUGGACAUUGAUAUACAAUGGAUUGAGUGGACUUGAAAUUGAUCCGGGUCGAGGCAAAACAGGUGUCUUUCAAAAGUUCAACAAUAGUCAACCUUACCGAAGCUAUCGUCUGUUGGUAGUAUUGAAACGAGGAGUUGAAAGCGGAGUACACUAUUCGGAAUUUGCAUUCUAUGAUCAUUCAUGUUUGCCAGGUAAAAACAAUGAAGAAAUUAGUUUACUUUUGCUUCAUUUUUUUAUCAAGCUUUUUGCUAUUGAUACCUUUUAA